GUGGAACUGAGUUGAGGGAGACCGACGAUCUGAGAGGAGAGAGAAAGAGAGAGAAAGAAAGAAAGAAAGAAAGGAGACCAACCACAUCCUGAGAGGACCUGAGAAACACACAGUGGAACCUGCAAUUCACCCAUUUGGGUUUCUGGUUUCCCACCAAAGUAAAAGAAAGUCAAAACUCCACAUGGGCCUUUAAUGACAGAGUUGCCUGUGAUACUGGACUGUAGUGCAUCGGCGGCUAAGGACUUAGAAAGGGACACUGAGGUAAAACGUUGUACUUUUUUCCUGUGUUAUCAUUUAAACUAUCCAUGCAACAGUGGGAAGUCCAGGUGUCACAGUAGCAAACGAAGCCCAGAGCAGAGCUAGCUAAUUGGUUGAACAGCAGAGCACGGUGACGCUGACGAUGUCCUUCGCCAUGGUGCGGCCAGCGCCCAGCCGGUACCUGUACUCCGACAUCUCCAUGCUGUCCGAGGACGAGGAGAACGGCAACGAGAGCUCGGGCUCCGACGACCGCUCCUUCCGGCUGGACGCCAGAGGUUAUGACAUCAAGGUCGGGGGCCGCAAAAGGAAGCCGGGAAGCGUCGGAGCGGGCCGUCUGGGAGGGGGUCAGCUCCCGCCCCAGAUGUCACACUUGCAGGUCUCGGACGGAUCCAUCUCUCCGUCGAGCGGGCUGCCACGGCAGCGCAACGCAGCUAACGCUCGGGAGCGGGACCGCACCAACAGCGUGAACACGGCCUUCACCGCCCUGAGGACCCUUAUCCCCACCGAGCCGGCCGACAGGAAGCUGUCCAAGAUCGAGACGCUGAGGCUGGCGUCCAGCUACAUCUCCCACCUGGGCAACGUGCUGCUGGUCGGGGAAAUGUGUGGGGACGGGCAGCCCUGCCACGGGCAGCCCUCUUCUGCUCACUACUUAAAUCACCAUGGUUCGCCGGGGCCCGACGCAGAGAACUCACAGCCCAAACAGAUCUGCACCUUCUGCCUCAGCAACCAGAGGAAAAUGGUGAGUUGAGUUUGGCUGUAGAUAUCCCAUCUGUCCUCACCAUGCAUUUGCCAUCGUGUCACAACUAGGACAACCAAACACCACACAACUCUGACCUCUUCAGGGCAGUAAUAUCCAGCAAGUGGGAGUUUUACUUAGGACGCAUCAUGGUUCCUAUAUGAUUCUUUAAAGAAAAUUCAGACUAAAAAAAGCUUUCAAACCUACUCGAAGACAAGCAACCUUUAGAAAAUUCCACCCAUGAAAAAUAAACCUUUCCAAAAUGUGAAUUUAAAGAGUAUGAUAUGGGUCUCUGCUGUACCAGAGGGCAAGAUAACAGCCCCUCAAUACUCAGACAGUGAGAUGAGGAGCCUCAGUAGUCAAGCUUCAACUAAACCUCCUAACAAUAAGACCCUAAUCCCCAACUCUCAGAGACAAUUCUCCCAGACAUCUCAAUUUGGUGCCGGCAUUUAGUAGCACUUCCCAUUGUCUCUUUGGUCUGAGUAGUGAGAGACCGACUGAAGCGAGGCCAACGGAAAAUUAACAAGGAACUGUCACAGUGAAUACGAACACAUCAUCUCUCUCUCUCUCUCUCUCUCUCUCUCUCUCUCUUCCUCAGUAUACGCCUGGGCAGACUCUGGCUCAUAAAGCCAACACCAGGCCGAAUUAA